GCACACGAAUGAUUUCCACACAGCUCACACGCGCCGCGCCGAACCGCCGUACCGUCUUUCCGUCUUGAGUACAAUCUACGCUGCAGUCAGCUAACAACACGUGGGUCAAAAUUGCUCUUUUUGCUGUUUCUCGACGUCAGUUUGCAACUGUCAGUAUGGCUUUACCUAAAGUUUUCUUCGACAUUCAAGCCGAUGGCCAGGCCGUUGGAAGAAUAGUUAUGGAGCUGAGGUCCGAUGUAGUUCCCAAGACAGCUGAGAACUUCCGUGUCCUGUGCACUGGGGAGAAGGGCUUCGGCUACAAGGGAUCCAGUUUCCAUCGUGUCAUCCCAAAGUUCAUGUGCCAAGGUGGGGACUUCACUAAGGGCAACGGCACUGGUGGAAAGAGCAUCUACGGAGAGAAGUUUGCCGAUGAGAACUUCACUCUGAAGCACACUGAGCCAGGAACCCUGUCAAUGGCUAAUGCUGGACCCAACACCAAUGGAUCACAGUUUUUCAUCUGCACAGCAGUGACCUCGUGGCUCGAUGGAAAGCAUGUAGUCUUUGGCAAAGUGGCUCAAGGUUCCGACGUCAUUAAGAAGGUUGAGAGUUACGGGAGCGAAAGUGGCAAAACCUCCAAGAAGAUAGUUAUUGCUGACUGUGGCCAGCUGUAAAUCAACGAAAUUCAAAAUAUUGGUCUUGUCUAAUAUCAUCAGACCUAUUUGUUAAGUUUUAUCCCAUCAUGUAGUAGCAGCAUGUGAUGUUGAAUAUACUCGUUUUGUACAAGACAGUUCUUUUCUUAUUUUUUUUUUUAAUUGUGUAGAUGUGUUGAAUAACUUGUUAAACUGAGUGAAAAUUUGUAUUUCAAAAUAGACUGGUUACAUCAGAUAGAUAUAGAAGUACUAUUUCAUAUGGUUUAAAAUAAUCCUUGGUGCCAAUGUAAUUUUGAUAAGAAAUGAUGAGGAAGCAGAUGGUUUUUGAGAUCGCAUAGUGAUAUGCUUUUUUUGACCGCCACAUUAAUGUCACCGAGUUCCCAUUUCUAUUCAAGGCAGCACAUUAAAACAAUCAAGCAAUUCUUCACUACGUGCUUUUUAUACUUCGUACAUAUUAUAAAUACAUGUAUCUAUAAUGGUAAGAACUUCUACAUUGGUCUUAAGCCACUUUUUCAUUGUCCUGCACUCUUCUCAUUACAACAAAAAUCCUGGCCCUUCUGCUCUUCAAAGAGAGAUGGGUUCAUUCUGUCACCUUUCUUUGAUUGACUGGAAGUACUGUAGUUGUGUGAAAUGAAAGAUAAUGUUUCGAAAUCAAGAUCUGGACCAAUUCCAAAAUCAAAUAACGGAUAAGAAAUAGAGCAUCUUUGUGCAGCGUAGACGUGUAUCUGUGCGUUACCUAGUAUGGAGCAGAAUUUCAUGUUGUGUAGAAUAUAUAUUCCAUUAUAUUAAAUGGAGAAUACUUGAAUUUCCUGUUUUGGGGAGGGGGGUCAUUUGCCUUCUGUGAAGGUGAGUGUAAAUACAGAGCAUUUUUUGUUUUUUAAUUGCUGAGGUGGUGGGGCAUCUGUUUACCCAGCGACAAUCAUUCAUGUGAGUUGUGAAACGCAAGUUCUGCUCAUAAUUCAUAAGCAGUUCAUGUUUAUUUUCUGAGAUUCUUAUUUGUAUAAUUUGGAUAAAGAUUUGGUUUGACACUUUGACAGCAUAGCAAGUCAGUGGGAAUGUGAGCCCCUUUUAUUCAUAUGGUUCAACCAGAAUAUUGUGAAAUCGAUCAUGAUCUUUGAAAACAAUACCUGAAGCUGUUUUCCCUUAAAAUGUUUUAAACAAAUUGUAUUUGUAUUUUUUUGUAUUUUUUUGUAUUAGCAUGCAGAUUGUCUUUGUUGACGUAGUGAAAAAUCAAUAUUUUUUCUGUAUCUCCCAAGUAGUAGACAAUAAAAUCAUAUUCGGUCUGGAAA